CCGCUGGCUGGAAGAGCAGCGCGUGGGGUGGUCCGUCGUUACUUAUCCAGGCGUGUCCCGCCCUCUGCCGUCGCGGAUUGGCUGUCGGGUGCGGCGUCACUAGCGCCGGCGCAGAGCGAACGGCGGCGGCGAGACGGAGCGUUUCCGGGUGUCGCUGACGCCGCCGCAGCCGCCGCGUGUGACUGUCCCGUUCUGAGGCCGCCGCGAUGAAUCGAUUCUUCGGGAAAUCGAAGCCUAAAGUGCCGCCGCCGAACCUCACCGAUUGCAUCGGGACGGUGGAUAGCAGAGCUGAGUCAAUUGACAAGAAAAUUAGUAGGCUUGAUGCAGAACUGGUGAAGUAUAAAGAUCAGAUGAAGAAAAUGAGGGAGGGGCCUGCAAAGAAUAUGGUAAAACAGAAGGCUUUGAGAGUAUUAAAGCAGAAGCGAAUGUAUGAACAACAGCGGGAUAAUUUGUCACAACAGUCUUUUAAUAUGGAACAAGCCAAUUACACCAUCCAAUCACUGAAGGACACAAAGACAACGGUUGAUGCUAUGAAACUGGGGGUGAAAGAAAUGAAGAAGGCUUACAAGCAAGUCAAAAUUGAUCACAUUGAGGACAUACAAGACCAAUUGGAAGAUAUGAUGGAAGAAGCCAGUGAAAUCCAGGACGCACUGGGUCGUAGUUAUGGAACACCGGAGAUUGACGAAGAUGAUUUGGAAGCAGAACUGGAUGCCUUAGGUGAUGAGCUUUUAGUUGAUGAGGACAGUUCCUAUUUAGAUGAAGCUGCAUCUGCUCCAGCAAUUCCAGAAGGCACUCCUACUGACGCAAAAAACAAGGACGGUGUAUUGGUCGAUGAAUUUGGACUGCCACAGAUCCCUGCUACAUAAACAUGCAUUUUUAGAGCACAUUGGAAAUGGCAAGUUACUUCUUACAAAUCAAAUUAGCAAAACAGUUUUUGAAAUCCUGGAAAACUUGCCUUUUCAGUAUAACCUUAAUAUCACUACAACUUAAAAUGCAAUAAGAAUGGCUGGUGGUGUUUCCUUUCUUGGAAGAAAGUUGAUAUACUACUGACUUUUCUAUUAGAGGAGAAAAAUUGGCACCAUUUCCUUCAGUGGAUGCAUUCAGUCUACUAGGUUUUGAGUAUCCAGUCUUUUACGAAAGAAGUAGCACAUGAAAAAUAGUGGUGGCUGUUAAUAGUUGAGCUUUGUCUUGAUUUGAUUUGUAUUACAUUUCUGUUCUCUGAAACAAACUAAGGUUAUGUGGCUGCUUGCCUUCUGAAAGAUAGCUUCCUUAUUACUUACUGUACUGAUUUAAUAACAAAUGGAUGCAUUUUUAAGAAUACUUCAGUUCUGAGACUCGAUAUUGUAUUUGUAACUCUUAAUUACAACUGUAACAAAUAAAUAUAUACAAAGGUUAUCUUUAACCUUAUGUAUUCCAUUUUGACAUAAAAAUUUAUACCAUAGAGUAGCUUAUCCUCUUGUGUGGUGUUUUUUGGUAGUAGUUUUAACCUGUCUCUUGUUUCCAUCAGUGUCAUUCAGCAUUUGAGCAUGGGCCCUCCCUUAACAUGCUUGGUCUAAAGGGGAGGUUGGUCAUGAUCCUCAAGUUUCUCCACCCUUUCAUAUAUCUCCCUCUUGGAAUUCCAAAAUAACAUUUCUUUAAGACCAUUGCUACUGCUGUGCUUCUCCUCGUGUCAUGAGUUGGGGCAUUACUGCUUUCUCUAACUAUUAUUGCUCUGUAGAUUGUUCUAUAACCACUUUUUGCUAGACAAACGGCCAUCUCCCUUUCUUUGGACCCAUUGGCCAGAAGAGUGAGAGUACUCUCAAACUCAAAUCUCCUCUACUGAAGAUUGUAUUGCCAAGUCUUGUAACAGACUGUCUUUCAGUCUGGCCCAGAUAGUUUUCCAUUUUUAUCAGGAAUGAAGUAUACAAAUGUUUGUUGUACAGAAACUGAAACUUAUUUAUGCUUAAUAAAGAUAUUUUUCCAACAUAAA